GUGUGUGUGUGUGUGUGUGUGUGUGUGUGUGUGUGUGUCCAGGUCAUAAUGACUACAUGUGUCCGGCCACCAACCAGUGCACCAUAGACAGGAACCGCAGGAAGAGCUGCCAAGCCUGCCGCCUCAGGAGGUGCUAUGAAGUAGGAAUGAUGAAGGGAGUUCAGAACUGUUGUUUUCUCCCAGGCUUCCGUAAAGAGCGCGGCCGGCGCGUGAUGAGGCGUGAGAAGCGUCCCGUUGGAGACGUUGGGGUGUACGGCGCGGCGCUGCAGAGGCCAGCGCCCCCUGUGAGCGCGGGGGAGGUACUGCAGCUGCUGCUGGCGGCGGAGCCACCCGUGCCCCUCUCCCGGCAGACGCUGAACACACACACACUCACACACACACACACACAGACGCCCGUGCGCCCGUACACCGAGCUCAGCAUGAUGACCCUCCUCACCAGCAUGGCCGACGCAGAGCUGGUGCACAUGAUCGCCUGGGCCAAGAAGAUCCCAGGGUUCCAGGACCUCUCGCUCCACGACCAGGUGCAUCUUCUGGAGAGUUCCUGGUUGGAGGUUCUCAUGAUCGGGCUCAUCUGGAGAUCUCUGCACUGCCCAGGGAAACUCAUCUUCGCCCAGGACCUCAUCCUCGACAGGACUGAAGGGAACUGCGUGGAGGGGAUGGCGGAGAUCUUUGACAUGCUCCUGGCCACCGUGGCUCGCUUCCGAGCCCUCCAGCUCAGACCCCAGGAGUUCGUGUGUCUCAAAGCAAUCGUUCUGCUCAACUCAGGUGCCUUCCCCUUCUCUUCAAGCUCAGUGGAGCCCCUGCGAGACAGCUACAGCGUGCAGCGCAUGCUAGACAACAUCACCAACGCCUUCAUCCACUGCGUCAGCCAAUCAGGCGCGUCCAUGCAUCUGCAGUCGCGCCGGCAGGCCCAACUGUUGCUUCUGCUCUCCCACAUCAGGCACAUGAGGUAGGAAGGGCAAGGGGUGUGUGUGUGUGU